UUGUUCUGUUGUGUAGUCGUUGUUUUGUUUUGUGUGUCAGUGAGGGCACUGAUGAAUGUCACAGAGGCACAUUUGCAACGUUACGGAGCCCCACAGGGGACAUGGACAUGUUAGAGGCUUUCAGCGUUUCCUUGUGCCCGUGGCUCCUAACGACACCCUUGAGAGUUACUUGGAGGGAGCAAGUACCGCCAAUCAAAGGAUUGAAUACUGGUGGCGUUUUCUUCGCAGCCAGUGUCUGGAGUUCUGGUUAUCCUUAUUUGCAGACAUCAGAGACAACGGGUACUUUGAUGGUGGGUUUCUGGACAAAAACCUCCUUCAGUUUUGUUGCAUGGGACUCAUCCAGGAUGAGCUGGAUGACACUGCACAGGUUUGGAAUGCACACUCCAUCAGGCCAUCAACAAACAUCAAUAUCCCCAGUGGUCGACCUAAUGUAAUGUAUACAUUACCUGAGCUCUACGGGACAAGAGACUUCCUUUGCCCCACUGAAGAAGAACAUGUUGAAAUGUGUAAAACUGAGUGUGUUUUUCGACUGACCAAACCAUGUGACCCCGAUGUGUAUGAACUAUGCAAUAUCCUCAUGACCGAGUCCCAUCUGACUCCACCAACAGACCCAUAUCAGGCUGUGAACUUGUACAUGCAUUUAAGAGAGAACAUCAUGGCAUUAGUGUAAAUUGCAUACACUGCAGCAGAGAACGUUUCUCAAAAUUGACCUGUGCUAUAUGUGAGAAAGCUAACUUCUGGAUAUUAAACAGACUGUAAACUGUAAGCUUUCUUGUACACAGUCAUCUAUGAGAAUAUCUUAUAUAGAAAUAUUUAUUGUUGUGUUCCAGGAGGGUGAGUGAACUAAAGUAUAAAGGGGAGUCUCUGCCUGUUAAUGAUAUUCUGAGUGUUCUUUAGCACAAAAACAUUGUAAUCUUCUGUCAAAUGUUAUCAAGUUCUAUGUCUAUGUGUAUUACUUCGAAUUACUUUACCUGUCUAUUUGGCUUGAUACAUGGAUCAAAACAUAAGACACAAGUCUUAAUUUAAUGUGUUAGGAGUUUUAAUGUACAGUGUUUACUAAGAUAAUGGUGGUUUAUGUUGAGUAUUUUGUAAUAAUUUUUAAAUGGUGAGUUGGUAUUUAUUUACACCAUCUCUAUUUGUUAAUGACGGGAAUGUUUAGUUGUUGAUGUUGGCUAGAAUACAGUUUAAAAUCGAAGAGAUAUUCUAUUAUGCCUUGUUGCUUUAUAUAUAUUAUAACGCCCACUGUCACACUGGCAGGCUACAUGAAAUGGUACUAAGGGGCAUUAUAAUCUGAGGGGGGGCACCUUGGCAUUUUUCUAAACUCAAGUUUCUCUGUCUAAAAAUAUAAUUAUUUCAUGUCAUUUUUGCUAUUUUUUUUUUUAACUACUUAUUCUGAUUCCAGGCGAGCUUUAGUUUUUAAUGUUGGUUAAACAAAACUGAAAAAAUAAAGAACUAAAUCAAGACCUUUUGAACUCUUAGAAUUUCAAAUAGAUAUAAACAUUCUUUUUUGGCCACUGAAUUUAUCUGAAGCUUAUUUUAUCAGCUGAAUAAUAAAUUCUCUGCACCCACCUAUACUGUUGAUGAACAGCAAUUUCAUUCGAAUGCUAUUUUUGCAAAACUCGCCACUUCUGAAAGGAUGAUAUGUGUUGUUGAACUACCGGACAAAUAAACUGAAAUCUAAUCAA